CUGGCCAGUUACUUUUGACACCGUACCCAAAUCAUUGCUAUCGUGUUUCAUCGACGACCUGAAUAACCCUUUCUCUUCAUAUUUUCGAAUCUCGUCAAACCAUUUUCAACCACAAAAAUGACUGGAGGCAAGUCUGGAGGCAAAGCCAGCGGCAGCAAGAACGCGCAAUCCCGUUCUUCUAAGGCCGGUCUCGCGUUCCCCGUCGGCCGUGUCCACCGUUUGCUCCGCAAGGGCAACUACGCUCAGCGUGUUGGUGCUGGUGCACCCGUCUACCUCGCAGCCGUCUUGGAGUAUCUCGCAGCUGAAAUCCUCGAGUUGGCCGGUAAUGCUGCCCGUGAUAACAAGAAGACCCGUAUCAUCCCCCGCCAUCUCCAGCUCGCCAUUCGUAAUGAUGAGGAGUUGAACAAGCUGUUGGGCCACGUCACUAUCGCCCAGGGUGGUGUUUUGCCUAACAUUCACCAAAACCUUCUUCCCAAGAAGACCCCCAAGAGCGGAAAGGGUCCUAGCCAGGAGCUGUGAAUUAUUUGUUUUUAUUUGGGUUUUCUCAUUCGGCGUGGUUUGGUUCUCUUAUUGAUGUGAUAACGGGGUUCUGGACUGGGCACGUUUAUGGCUCUGCGUUUGUUUUUUUCUGUUUUAAUUUUAUGGUUGUACAUUAUGUCUACGGGCAUGGAAUGAUACCGACAGCUUUCAAAGGAUAUGAGCUUUCGGCACAUUGGCUUUAAGGGAUGUGUAUGUCCCCAAUGAUAAGUUACCAUUUUCAUCCG